CGAACCCCCUUUUGAUUGCAGCGUGGUGUCAAUUGGCUAAUUUGCUCUAACAAAAAAAAAAAAAAACACACCCUAGAUCAUGCCACGGGAAGGCGUUUGCUUUCAAACUAGAUUUUUGGGUCGUUAAGUUAAGCGAGGAAAGGUUUCACCAAGGUUCUGAGGCGCCUUUUGUAUUUUAGAACUAUGCAACUGGAACAUUGCCUCUCUCCCUCUAUCAUGCUCUCUAAGAAAUUUCUGAAUGUGAGCAGUAGUUACCCAAACUCGGGCGGAUCUGAGCUUGCUUUACAGGAUCAUCCUAUUAUCUCCACCACUGACAACCUGGAGAGAGGUUCACCUAUGAAAAAAAAUUCCAGGGGGAUGACGAAUCAAUCAGAGGCAGACAAUUUUCCUCACUCCAAGGACGCACCGGGGGACGUCCAGAGAAGCAAACUAUCUCCUGUUCUGGAUGGGGUCUCUGAAAUCCGUCACAAUUUCGAUGGAUCUGCUGCAGAAAGGUAUUUUCUGUCUCAAUCCAGCCAAGCCCAGCCAGCCUCCGCUGCUCCCAGUGCUAUGUUUCCUUAUCCGAGCCAACAUGGACCAACUCACCCAGCCUUUUCUAUCGGAAGCCCGAGCAGGUACAUGGCUCAUCAUCCAGUGAUUACCAAUGGAGCGUACAACACCCUUCUCUCCAACACCUCUCCACAAGGCUACCCAACUGCAGGGUACCCGUACGCUCAGCAGUAUGGGCAUUCCUACCAAGGAGGACCUUUCUACCAAUUCUCUUCUGCACAGCCGGGGUUGGUCCCUGGCAAGGCUCAGGUCUAUUUGUGCAACAGGGCGCUUUGGCUUAAGUUUCAUAGGCACCAAACAGAAAUGAUCAUCACCAAACAAGGAAGACGGAUGUUUCCCUUUUUAAGUUUUAAUAUAUCUGGUCUGGACCCGACGGCGCAUUAUAAUAUUUUUGUUGACGUAAUUCUGGCCGAUCCCAACCACUGGAGAUUCCAAGGAGGAAAAUGGGUUCCGUGUGGCAAAGCGGACACAAAUGUGCAAGGAAACCGAGUUUAUAUGCACCCCGACUCUCCUAAUACUGGUGCGCACUGGAUGCGCCAGGAAAUCUCAUUUGGGAAACUAAAACUAACAAACAAUAAAGGCGCUUCAAAUAACACCGGCCAGAUGGUGGUUCUGCAGUCGCUUCACAAAUAUCAGCCCAGGUUACACGUAGUGGAAGUGAACGAGGAUGGGAGUGAAGACAGCAGCCAGCCCGGCCGAGUGCAAACCUUCACCUUCCCUGAAACACAGUUUAUUGCUGUUACAGCAUAUCAGAAUACAGAUAUCACACAACUGAAAAUAGACCACAAUCCGUUCGCAAAAGGAUUUCGCGACAAUUACGAUACGAUUUACACUGGCUGUGAUAUUGACAGGCUUACGCCAUCGCCUGGUGACUCUCCACUCUCUCAGAUCGUGCCUGGUGCAAGAUAUGCCAUGCCUGGCUCUUUCCUGCAGGACCAGUUUGUCAGCAGCUAUGCCAAAUCCCGCUUCCACCCUGGAGCUGGGGCUGGUCCGGGCACGGACCGCAGCGUUCCUCACACCAACGGCUUGUUAUCCCCACAGCAAGGAGAGGAGACAGCUGCCUCCACACAGCGUUGGUUUGUCACCCCUGCCAACAACCGCCUCGAUUUUACAGCUUCGGCCUACGAUGCUGCCGCUGCUGCAGACUUUGCAGGCAAUGCAGCCACCCUGCUGUCCUACGCAGCGGCUGGAGUUAAGGCUCUCCCUUUGCAAGCUGCAGGCUGCUCAGGUAGACCCCUGGGAUAUUACACAGACCCCUCGGGGUGGGGGCCCCGCACUCCACCACAAUACUGCAGCAAACCCAGCUCUGUGCUCUCCUGCUGGCCUGCUAACACUGCUAGCAGCAGGACUGCUGCCUCCAGUGUCUACCUAGGAGAGGACGGAGAAGGCCUGACUACAGAGAGAUCUCCACUAGGGGGGUCUGAAGAACCGAAACCAAAAGAUCUUUCAGAAUCCAGUUGGAUCGAGACGCCCUCUUCGAUCAAAUCCAUAGAUUCCAGCGAUUCUGGGAUUUUUGAGCAGGCAAAGAGAAGACGGAUCUCUCCUUCAGGCACGCCAGUUUCUGAGACGGCCUCUCCGCUGAAAAGCGAAAUAAUGACACCAAGGGAUUGUGAGAAGAACUGUGCAAAGGACAUUGGUUACUAUAGUUUCUAUUCACACAGCUAGGUCUGAAAUAAUGACCACAGCCAACAGGAAAGAUUACAUCAGGUCAUUCACUCUUAUAUAUAUUUCUUUGGUCUCAAUUCGGGGUAUGCAUAGUAUAGCUGAUGUCAGAGUAUUGGUUGAAAUCUGAUUGUAAUCAGGAAAUGUUUAAUAUAAGCGUAUUUAUUAUGUUUCACUAUGUUUGCAUUGAAAAGAUUGAAAUGUUUUUAAGAAUUAUUUGCAAAGCCCAAUGUGCUUUUCUUUCCAUCCAUCUCUUUCCUUUUUUUUUUUUAUUAUGCACCAUUAAUAUUCAUUACCUUGCACACACUUUAAAGAAUGUGCCUGAAAUCUUGGGAUCAAACACAUUAUUUUAUCUCCUCAAGACCUUCCUUGGAGAUAUUUUGAUCUGUUACCCCACACCCACAUAAGGGUAACACAGCACAAUACUAAAUCUUUUUGAAUCUGCAUUAUCGACAACAGACAUGAGCUUAUUUUCCUCUCUUGUUUCAGGUUGUCAUUUCUUGAAGUGCCAAACAAUGCAAUUCCAUAGUACAAAGUAUGGUGCCAAAAUGUACUGACCUGCAGAGAGAUGUGACUUUUCUGAUUUUGGACAUGCAAUCGAUGCACUUCAAUCUCUGUAUUAAUUUAAACAUAUGGAGGAAUUUUAUUUUAUAAAUCGUACAUGGUAGUUUGUUUUAAAUUCUGGGACCUAAAAUGCUGAUGUGUACCAUGGGGGAUUUAAAAUGAAAACCCUGACGUUCAAUUUAAUGGGAAUAGAAGAUACAUUUUGUAAAUCACUGUAAUUAGAGACACAUUACUGAUGUACAGAGAUGUGUAGAUGUUUGUGCUUGUGAGUCGGGUGUUAUGGUAAAUGUGUAUAGAGUUGGACUAUAUUUCUUGUCUUGCAUUUUGACAUUUCAAAAUGUGUAUGAAAAAAAUGGGGUCUUCUCAUUUCUCCUUUCCAAUACUGUAAAGUAUUUGCAUUAUUGUAGACUGUGUUGAUUUGUCUAGUAAAACAAAGCAAAAGUGAACAAAAUACUUUUCUUAGUAGAAAAUAUAGUCUAGAUUUAAGAAAUCUAGCUUUAUUCUAAUUUAAACAGUUUUCAUCGUGAUUUGAUGUUUUCUUUUCUAAAUAGUGUUGCAGGUUUGUCUUGGUCUUCAGCUUGCAAGGGGCCAGGAGAAGUGUGUAUGUCACAGUUGUUCUUAACUGCUGUACAUUUAUUUGUCAGUUUUGUAAAAUUGUCUUCAUAGUUUUAUUAAUUUGUCAAAUAUAUAAAUAUGCUGUAAACGUGAUUUGCUUUGUUAUACCCGUUUGUUUAAUCUCAAGGGUAUGUGUAUUAGUAAACUGCUGUAAUGGUGCAAACUUGUACAUUUUUACUGAAUUAAAAAUGCUCAAAACUCUUA